AUGACAACAUUGCCGAUGGACGCCAUUCUACUGCUCCGUCUGGCCUACAUCAUCUGCGCGCUGCUGGUGCUCGUCAUUGCCUCUGUUCCUCCACUCCGCGCCCGCUUUCUUGAUUACGGCCCUCGCACAGCUCGGCAGAAUGAUGGAAAGAGUGUAGAGGAGUCGGAGAAGGGCCCGAAUUUCGUACUGGUAAUGUUGGACAAGGCCGGGAGCAUUUGUGUUCCCCACAGCUGGUUCACAAGCUUCUAUGCCGUCUCUGUGCUCUCCUCGCUUUUCUGGGCAUCGGAGGUGAUGCUGAAAGGCCCGUUCUUCGGUGCCGUCGCCCGCAAUUUAUCCCAUGGAAACACUAUGAGGUUUGAGCAGGUCGUGGUUACGUGGUUGUUGAUGUUCGCACAAGGCAGUCGGAGGCUUUGGGAAUGCUUGACCCUGUCUACACCUUCAAAGUCGAAGAUGUGGUUCGGGCACUGGGUACUGGGCGUACUGUUCUACAUCGGGACUGGGCUUGCAGUGUGGAUUGAGGGAGUCGCGACCCUUCAAAGCCACAAGUUCACCAUCAACGAUCUCACUCUGACAGGUCCCAACCCACGAACCAUUGUUGGUAUACUCAUCUUCAUACUAUCUUCCGGCAUGCAGCACGAUUGCCACGCCUACUUGGCUUCGUUGAAGAAGACGCCCAAAGGCGAAAACAAAUCCGAAUACAGACUGCCUGACCACCCAGCCUUCCACAUAUCUCUCACUCCUCACUACUUUGCAGAGUGCCUGAUCUACACAUCCCUAUCAAUACUGGCAGCGCCGCAGGGUGAGUGGUUGAACUGGACUUUCGUCGCAGCCUUGUUCUUUGUCGUGGUCAACCUUGGGGUCACCGCCGAUGGUACUAGGAAGUGGUAUCGAGAGAAGUUUGGGCAAGAGGCUAUCGCGGGGAGAGCGAGAAUGGUUCCUUCCAUCUACUGA